UGAAAGCUACACGAGUUUGCUUUGACAGUUGGGCGGUAAUUGUUGCAGAUAGGGAGCUGAAAACUGACUGAGACCAUAAAAACAUCAAGGCGCAAAUGCACUAAAUGCCUAAAGUACGAGGGGCACUUUCAUGAAGUACACCAGGGAUAUUAAUCCAGGUAAAGCAAGAGAAGGAAAAGAACGUUUGGAUGUAGAAGCACACAAGGAUUUGUAAGAGAACUGAGAUUGUGGAUUGUUCAAAAUAUAACAACUGACAAGACACUGACUGGAAGGAUUUAAUACUUGGAGGUACUUGGAGCCUUUAACACAAGGAAAACACCACUGAAAAAAAUUGGAGAUACAAACAUACAAUUUUGCAGUGUUGUUUGAUACAACAAGCUCUCAAAUAGAUUACGUAAGAGUUUGAAAUUCAAAUAAUCCCCACAGCUCGGCCUCCGCUCAGUGCUCAGCAGUCACGCAACAUGUUUCCAUUGUUCUAACACAGUCUUUCCUGUUAUGUCCAAGUGGUAGAGUAGAUAAAGGCUGUGUGUCAGGCUUUUGCCAUAACUCUCAUGAUUUUCACUGUAUGGGGGUGGUGAGCCUCACAGUCCACAUCAAAAAUACAGCAUACGUGCACUUACACCAUGCACACGCACAGUGUAGGUUAAUGAGUAUUGCUGUAGCUCCAGUUCCCCAUGACUCACGACGCAGUCGUAUAAAGGGCUUAACACAAGGUAGGAGGGGAUAAGCAGCACCCCUGAUGUUUAAGCUGCGUUUGCUUUGAAGCAGAUGUGAGCAUGUGUGUUCAGUCUCUCUCUCCUCCUCUCCUCACUCUUUCUUCGUUUGUGUGUGUAAGCGUAUGCUGGUGUGCUCAUGCUCCUCAAGAGUGCUAAACCAAACGUCACAACUAUUAAUGUGUCCUGAUCAUCCCACUGAAAAUGAAGCUAAUCUGUUGUGAGGGAAAUGGGACCAUUGUUCGAGGGAACCGGCCCCCUAAAGAUGCGUCCAUCAAUGGCCUGCUGGAGGAAUUUGACAACAUCUCAGUAACGCGCUCCAACUCCCUGCGUAAAGAGAGCCCACCAGGUCCCCACCAAGCUGGAAGCAGCUCCAAACCCUUGGGCAGUGGUCAUCCCAACGCCCUGGAGGAGAAUGGAUUCAACCACUACUACUCCCGCUACUCCUGUGACCUAGACACCUCCAGCAGGGACUUCUCUUUGGAUCCCUGCAGGCCAGGUUUCUCCAUUGAUGGGGACUGGGCUGUGGGGAGACACUAUCGAUUCACCAAACAGAAUGGCCACUCGCAUCCCAUACGCAGUCCCUUCUACCCAGAUGCCAUGCCCCAAAAAUCGGACUACAGCAAGCUGCCCCCAGACUACCAUACAUACCUGGAGAGCAAAGGGCGCUCAGCCGAUGAGGUGGCCUCCACUAUUGGCAGUGGGGUGGGUUCCAGUGGCUACUAUCGGGCGUCUGUAGGUGGCUCAUCAAGCCAGGACUACAGAGACACUUCAGUAGGCACACCAUCUCGUGCCUCACUACACAGUGAGCAGAUCAACUACCCAGACAGUGAGUGGAGCUAUGGUGGCCUGCGGGACGAAUAUGAAAAGCGACCCAAGAGUUCCUAUGUGACGCAGACCAGCCCCACACCGGCUAUCAGGCAGCGAUCUCGGUCAGGCUCUGGGCUGCAGGAGCCAAAUGUCCCCUACGCAGCCAGCGGGGCUUUCAAGAACACUCCACAGGCCCAUCCAUACAGCUCCUACACAUACCCUCGCCUCUCGGAGAGUCUCGCUAACUCACAGACCAUAGCUAAGGCUGACUAUGAGCGUCCAUCACGUGAUGACAGUCAUGGCAGCCUCCAGGUUACAGGUGGUGACACCUACCCCCGAGGGCCUCUUAAGCUACCUCAGAGCCACACCAAGCCACCUGGCUACCCCCCAGCACACCUGCCCUACCCCCCUGUCUUUCACCAUUACAAACCCUCACCCUACCAUCAUCCCCCCUCCCAGCCGAGCCCACCAUACACCCCUCAGGGGGCCUACUCGCAGCCUUCAUCACCUUACAUCCCCCCAGGGGCCUAUCCCCCUCCUUCUUGGGGGUCAAGCUCAGACACCCAACCCUCCAGAGUCUCCCAUGAGCAGUUCAGAGCUGCACUUCAACUGGUCGUCAACCCAGGUGACCCUCGGGAAUACCUGGACAGCUUUAUCAAGAUUGGUGAGGGCUCCACGGGUAUUGUGUGCAUUGCCAGUGAGAAACACAGCGGCAAGCAGGUGGCUGUGAAGAAGAUGGACCUCAGGAAACAGCAGAGGAGAGAGCUGCUCUUUAAUGAGGUGGUGAUUAUGAGGGACUACCAUCAUGAGAACGUAGUAGAUAUGUACAACAGCUACCUGGUGGGAGACGAGUUGUGGGUCGUCAUGGAGUUCCUGGAGGGUGGGGCACUCACUGAUAUUGUGACUCACACCAGGAUGAAUGAGGAGCAGAUUGCUACAGUAUGUUUGUCGGUGCUGAGGGCUCUGUCCUACCUGCACACACAGGGCGUCAUCCACCGCGACAUUAAGAGCGACUCCAUUCUACUGACCAGCGAUGGCAGGAUCAAGCUGUCAGACUUCGGCUUUUGUGCUCAAGUUUCCAAAGAGGUGCCCAAGAGGAAGUCCCUUGUAGGCACGCCGUACUGGAUGGCACCAGAGGUCAUCUCUAGACUACCUUAUGGGACUGAGGUGGAUAUCUGGUCUUUAGGCAUCAUGGUGAUUGAGAUGGUGGAUGGAGAGCCCCCUUACUUUAAUGAGCCCCCUCUGCAGGCCAUGAGGAGGAUACGAGACAACCUGCCUCCACGGCUAAAAGAGUCACACAAGGUGUCUUCAGUGCUUCGAUCCUUCCUGGACCUGAUGCUAGUGAGGGAGCCAUCUCAGAGAGCUACAGCCCAGGAACUCCUCCAGCACCCCUUCCUCAAGCUUUCGGGACCGCCUUCCUGCAUCGUCCCCCUCAUGAGACACUAUCGCCACCGCUGACCUGCUGGCCCAAACCCACCGUCUUCUACACUAAAAACACAUACAUACUGUACACACAGUACCAGGGUGGCACUGCCCUAACCCAGCCAAAACACUCCACCGCUUGGUGGUGCGCCACUAACACUCACACCUGUAACCGUGACGUAGAUUAGGUAGAUGAAUAUCUAAGAAAUAUAUUUAAAAAACACACCACACAGAAAAGAAGAAAAAAAUCGUCUACUAUUUUGAAAUUAUCAACUGGAGUAGAGGAGUGCUCUGUGCCAGAGGAACUCUCUAGACAUCCAGUAGAAACAUGUGGCCUGGCUCGCCCUGCUGCAGUCUUCUCUCUUCCUCGACUGUGAGUCUUCAGCUCCAUGUAGAGUUGUAGUAGCCAUCAGCAAGAGCUUCAGAGGGUUGCGUCGAACUGGAGGGACCCUGAGGACCGGCAGUCUGCUCCAGACCAAAGCAGCGGAGGGCAGAACAAUCAGCUGCGUGCAGAAAGAGCGGUUUCUGACUGGUACUGACUCUCAGACGGCUGCUGCGUCAUCAGUCCAUCUGAAGGACAGGCUGCUGCUCAGCUGGUCAAACAGAGACGAGCUCUCUUGUAUCGCUCUUCUCAAACACUAACAGUGAAAAUGUAUUUUAGAGAAACUUGUAAGUUUUUCUGUACAGUUUUGAUAAUUUGCAGUAUUUUAUCGUGUCGUAACCAUUGUGAUAUGAGCAGUAUUAAACAGAGUUUCUGCAGAGAUCUUUCCUACUGUUUAUAAUCCAGUUUUUGCUUAAAGAUAUAGGAGAUAUCCCAAAUAAACCCAUCUAAACCUAACUGUUACUAAAAUACGAAAUAUAUUUAUUAUCUUACAUUUGUAGACAGAACUUCAAUUAAAUGUUGGAAAAAGGGUAAUGUCAGAAUUUUGUAUGACGUUUUAAAGUAUUUAUUUAUUUAUUGGAAUUGAAGCUUUAUUUUUUGGUAGUGUGGCCUUUUUUUUGCUUAUUUUGUUUUGUUUUUUUGUUGGGUUUUGAUUUACAUUUCUAACAACGCAUCGGCAGACAGUGAUAUCAGUUGUUUUAUCAUCCAAGCAAUACCCCAAACCUGUUUAUGAAACCAUGAAGCCCUGUAUUUAUGAUACUGUAAUUACACCAUGCAUUUAAAUGUAGCACAGAUUGAGUGGAUUUGACCAAAAAAAGAUUUACUCUACGCAGACCUGUUUUCUUUUAUAUUAGGAAUGUCAUCCUGUUUCUCUAAAUGCUAAGAGGCGCCCAUCCAAGACGCCUGCAUACCGCACAGAUUUUAGGAUGCUGAUAAAAGGUCUCGUUUUUUAUUCACAUACUCACUGUCAUCAUCUCACUCCUUAUCCCGCCUCAGUCAGAGACACACUCGCUAUCACUGGAACUGUGCUGCCAUUCUCAUCUCUGGUCAGACCAGGAGAACAGUGUAAUCCUCCUCCCUGCAUCGUUUUUACCAAUCAUUCACUGUGAUAUGUAAAUAUGACUGUGCGUAGGUGAGCGUGUGUGUGUUUGUUUGCGUGCGAGUGUGUGUCCAUGUGUGUCAAAGAGCAAAAGAGGUAGAGCGUGUUUAUCUCUGUACAACAUCUGAAAGUGUGUGUGCGAGCGUGUGUUUGUUUGUGUGCUGCUGGUUAAUCCUUGACAAUGUGUCAGGACUUGAAUGAGUAACACUUAUCUGUGGUGUUGGCUUGUACAGUGAUAUUGCAUGUUUGUUAUCAGUGAAGCUGGUUUCAAUUAAAAAAAC